UGUCUUACUGGGGAGGACAAACCAAAACUCUAUGUAAUAAAUGCUCAAGUGUGAUUGGCGUGGGGCGCGUAUUUGCGCGUGCAUCGCAGCGCAGGGCGAUAAAAGCGCAACAGACGCGCGAGGAAGGAGCGCACCGAGGGGGUCUCGAGUCUCGCAGAGUAUCGAGUCUUUGGAGCCGCUCAGCAGCAGCCACACGACCCCGCCCGGCCCGUGCGUAAAAGGCGCUUCCCCUCCUCUCGCUCCUCUUCGUCUGCAUGGCGAGAACCGAAGGCUCCCGAACUCGGCUCCGCUCGGCUCGGAACUCUGCGGCGGCAUGAUCGACUCGUCCAACGUGAGCCUGAGCUGCGCGCAGUGCCCGGCGGCGGCGGCGGCGGCGGCGGUGACGGCGGAGGUGUCCGGCUCGCCGCCGCCGUCGCCGUCGCUCAGCCCGACGGGUCACGCGCUGGUGGCCGCGUGCUUGGGCUUGAUCGGCACGCUGGGCUUCGUGUGCAACUCGGCGGUGCUGGCCGUGUUCUUGCGCUACCGGGCCCUGCGCACGCCCAUCAACCUGCUGCUGGUCAGCAUCUCGGUCAGUGACCUGCUGGUCAGCGUGCUCGGGACGCCCUUCAGCUUCGCCGCCAGCGUCCGCGGCCGCUGGCUGAUCGGACGCGCCGGCUGCGUGUGGUACGGCUUCGUCAACGCAUGCUUGGGCAUCGUGUCGCUCAUCUCUCUGGCCGUGCUGUCGUACGAGCGCUACUGCACCAUGACGGUGGCCAACGUGGCGGAUGGCCGCGACUUCCGUCCCGCGCUGGGUGGCAUCUGCUUCUCCUGGUUCUACUCCGUGGCCUGGACGGUGCCCCCCCUGCUGGGCUGGAGCCGCUACGGGCCCGAGGGUCCCGGCACCACGUGCUCGGUGGACUGGCGCUCGCGGACGGCCAACAACGUCUCGUACGUGCUGUGCCUGUUCGCCUUCUGUCUGGUGCUGCCUUUCGGCGUCAUCGUCUUCUCCUACGGAAAGCUGCUGCUCGCCAUCAGACAGGUGCGCAGCGGCAGCUCGGUGGUGACGCGGCGGCGGGAGCAGCGGGUUCUGGUCAUGGUGCUGACCAUGGUGGUCUGCUACCUGGUCUGCUGGCUGCCCUAUGGCGCAGUGGCCCUGAUGGCCACCCUGGGCUCCGGUGACCCCCUCGGCCCGGAGGCCGGCGUCCUGCCGUCGCUGCUGGCCAAGUCGUCCACGGUGGUCAACCCCUUCAUCUACAUCUUUAUGAACAAGCAGUUCUACCGCUGUUUCCGAGCCUUCUUCAGAUGCUCCGACGUGGACCGAGGCUCGACCCUCAAAACCUUCUCCGGGGCGACCAAGACGCUGCGCAGCGUGCGGCCGGAGCUCCACGAGCGCCCCGUGUCCGCCGCCAGCUCGUGCUCCGGCCGGGCCACGCCGCCGCCGAGCCCGACGAGCCGUCCGAAACCGAAAGUGACUCUGGUGGCUCAUUACAGAAAACGAGGGCUCUUUUGACAUGUGACGGUCGGAGACUGCAUCCUGAAACUUCGGGAUGUUGGCCUAUCCCGAACUGUUUGUGACAGAACUACUGGACUCGGACCCGUUGGGACUUCAAGGCUAACGGGACUCUCCCACUGGCCGUCGUGGGAAGCGCACGCGUUUCCUUGAAGCUCUUCUCCGAUGAACAUUCAGUUGAGAUGUAAUAAAGUGUUGUUGCUUGGUGUACUUUUUGUGGACACGAUUGCAGCGACUUCACUGGGAGUUGUUGAGGGUUGCGGGAGGUCACGGCAAACGGCUGGAAUGUCAGAAGGCGACAUGGAAAGGCUGCUCGCUGAAGUGUGUCGCCAAACGCUAAAGUGAUGAAUCACACAUGAGCCCAGUUGAAGCAUAGGCCUCUAAUUGCCAACUUGUGUUGAUUAUUUUCAACAUUUACGAAUGGACACGAGGCAAUAAACUGAAAGAAAGACACAAUCCGCCGAUUAGCGCAAUUAGCGUUGCACGUGGAAGCACAGAAAACAAAAACGUGUUGCUGAGCUGCUCGUUUCCUAGAAAGCAAAAUACAACUCACUGUACUCAAAAUAAUAACAAGAAUAAAAAAAGAUUUAUGAA